GCCAGCACACAGUGCAUCGACCUCCCCUGCCUUCCAAUCUCAGUGAGUGAACUUCAGAGGCUUCACACAGUCAGGAUUCUUGCAAACUUUCAUAGACCAGCAUUCGCCAUGAAUCCCAGGCUAACCAUUCGUCAGCAGAGGGCGCUCUGCUCCCAGCUGGGACACGUCAAGCUGAAGCUGCUGUACAAAGCCAGCAUCCAUGGUUUCACUGGUGCAGCUUUCCACAAGCAAUGUGACUUUCAGGGUCCCACAGUGUCAGUGGGCUAUAAUGCCACAGGCUACAUCUUUGGAGGAUACACCAGUAAACCUUUUAAUCAGUCUGGGCAGUAUGUACCAGAUGACAGGGCAUUUCUCUUCACCUUCAAAGGAGAAGCUCUUCUUAAGUAUCAGGUCAUCAAUUCAAACCAGGCAGUGAGAAUGAUAGCUAACUCUGGUCCUUAUUUUGGAGAAUCACUGGCUCUUGUUAAUGGAAGCCAAGCAGUCGUCUAUAGCAAUCCAGGAAACCAUUACAACUUCCCUCCUGCAGAGAUGCAUGGCAACAAUCUUCAGCUAACUGACUGUGAAGUCUAUCAAGUCGAGGAAAGCAAGGAGCUAGAGAAGCCCUGGAGGAGCAUAGUCUGGGAAUCUGAAAAGAGGAAUGAGUUGAUGAACAGUAUCAAGACGUACAAACCCAUCAACAGUUCAGUGCCCCAGGCUCGGAUCCUGCUCGUCGGACCGGUGGGAGCUGGGAAGUCCAGCUUCUUCAACUCCAUCAACUCAGUGUUCAGAGGUCACGUGACCAGCCAGGCCAUCGCCGGCUGCGCUGGCACCAGCCUCACCACCCAGUUUCGCACCUACACCGUAAAAGCUGGACGAGAGGGAAAACCUCUGCCAAUCAUCUUGUGUGAUACCAUGGGACUGGAGGAGAGCACAGGGGCAGGGCUUGAUGUGGAUGACAUCGGCAACAUCCUGAAAGGUCACAUUCCAGACUGUUAUCAGUUCAACCCCUCUGCUGCUCUGCAUCCAGAGGCCCACGGCUAUCGCAGCUCUCCAGGACUUAAGGACCGGAUCCACUGUGUGGUCUUCAUCAUCGACGCCUGCAAGGUCUCCAUCAUGCCCACUAAGCUGGAGGAGAAGCUGGCUGCUGUCCGCAGAAGGGCCAACUUUAUAGGGGUUCCCCAGCUGGUCCUGCUGACUAAAGUGGAUGAAGCCUGUCCUGUUGUGGCAGAGGACCUGACAAAUGUUUACAAGAGCCGCUACAUUAGGGAAAUGGCCCAGGAGGCCAGCACCCGGCUCGGUGUGCCGCUGUCCUGCGUGGUUCCGGUGAAGAACUAUUGUGAAGAGCUGGAGCUGGACCAGAAAUGUGACAUCCUGCUGCUCAGUGCCAUCAUCCAGAUGCUUCGCUUUGCUGACAACUACUUUGAUGACAUCAAUGACCGAUCAAGCUCAAAAAAAGAUAUCGAUGUUGUGUAAUAACUUGUUAAAAUGUAGUGAAAUGUUGUAGUAAAUGAGUCAAAAAUGUAAUGUUGGUAAUACAUUUAACACUGGCUGGCAAUUAUUGCAAUAUAUAAGAGUGUAAUGUUUUAUUUAAAAGAUUAAUUAUCAGGCAGUUUAUUUACUUAAUUGGAUUUUGGGAUUGGAUAAGGUAUGUGUAAUAUAAAUGUUGGUCUCCAGUCAGUAGUUUGGGACUGUUAAAUAACAGAGAAUUUGGAUUCCAUGUCUGUUUGUUGUUACUGUCUGAUUGUUCUGUUG